GUCACAACCACAGAGUGCGUGCGAGAGAGAGAGAGAGAGAGAGAGCGAGAGAGAGAGAGUGUGUAGGGAAAUACCUGCGGUUGCUGAGGCGACGCAAAUGGUGGGGGUGAGGACGAGAGCGAAAACCCUAGCAAUGGCGGCGGCGGUGGAGGAGAAGGCGAGAUCAAAGAGGAGGAGGAGGAAGAAGAAGAAGAAGAACCCGUCAGAAGCCGCAGUGGAGCUGCGGAUCUCGUAUCUGCAGCUCCGUAGCCGGAGAGUGGUGAUGAAGUCGCCGCUGCCGCCGCCGCCGCUGGUAAAGGCGAGAUCGGCGCCGAAUUCUAAUAUGCGGUGCCGCCCGAGCCUCGAUCUCGACACUGCCUCUUGUGGAGGGGAUCGGGAGGACGAGGAGCCACCGCAAUUCGGAGAAUUCGAUCCCUCGACGAUACGCUUCCGUCGCAGCGGAGGAGGACGGAAUGAGACGACAAUUUCGAACAUCCGAAUAAACGAAUCUACGACGAGAUCUGCGGUUGAGAUGGUGCCAUCGGAGACCGAGAUCGAGGAGUUCUUCAUGGCAGCAGAGCGAGCCGAGCGGAGUCGAUUCGCCGACAAGUACAACUACGACAUCAUCAACGACGCUCCAUUAGAGGGGCGCUAUGAAUGGGGGUUCGAGUAAUCGCUUAAACCAUUGAAUUAUGCUUAAUUUGAAUUAUAAUUGCUCUAAUUUAUCUUUAAUUUGGGGGGUUUGGUGUACAUAUCCCAAUGCUCGAUGAUCCUUUUGUUCCGUCGCUAUUUCUUUUUUUUCUUUUUCUUUUUUUUCUCUUCCCUAGUUCUCUGUGCGAAACCAUCAGGAGAAGCUUCUCCUUCAGUAAAAACCGCUAGUUUCGUCCAUUUCCUCUCAGAAUGACUGUUUCAUUUAUUGUUUCUAAUUUUUAACCAUCAAAGGGGUUUUUUUC